UUCUUUUUGCUCUUUUUGUGUCAAUCUGAUUGAGGCUGCCAAAGUUCAUGGCUUUUUUUCUAACUUUCAGAAACUUUUAAAAAAUGAAUGAAACUGUCAGAAGUUGAUGGAGAGAAAUAUUUAUCUUUUCUGCAUAAUCUAUUUUUUAUUUAUACUUUUUUAUAUGAAUGAUGCCAAAGUUGACUGACAUGAUGUUUGUUUACCUGAGAUGCAUGCAGCGCGUAUUAAUCGACUGCAGACAGACUGUUAACAUUUAAAGAAGACAAGCACCCAGCUGAGCAAACUGAGGGACGUGCAUGUUUUAGUUUUCUCUCAUUAGCGAGGAUCAAUUGCAGCGGAUUCAUGCGUGUCUUUGCCACCGAAGUGUCUUUUGAAACUUUGUCGAGACUUUUUGUCCCUGUGGAGCGGUGCCAGAGCCGCCGGAGCUGACCGCAUCCUUCCCCAAGGACGAACGAGAGGACGACAGCUGCGUCAAGAUGAAGUGCCAGAGAAUCCUAACCUACCUGCGGAUAUUUGGGACCACCAUGUUCGGCGUGUCCCUGCUGGUGGGAAUCUCCACGGCCUACAUCAUGGGCUACCAGUUCUUCACCACAGCCCGCAAUCACCUCUCCUUUGGCCUAUAUGGCGCCAUCUUGGUUGUCCAUCUCAUCAUACAGAGCCUCUUUGCGCUCUUAGAACAUCGAAACAUGCGGCGGUCUUUGGAGACGCCCAUCAAACUCAACAAAUCUUUAGCAUUGUGCAUCGCUGCAUAUCAAGAAGACCCAAACUACUUGAGGAAAUGCCUGGUGUCAGUGAGGAGGCUGACGUACCCAGGGAUAAAAGUGAUCAUGGUGAUCGAUGGGAACUCAGAUGAUGACUUGUACAUGAUGGAUAUUUUUAAAGAGAUCAUGGGAUGGGACAAAUCGGCCACGUACGUGUGGCGGAGUAACUAUCACUUCAAAGGGCCUGAGGAGACGGACGAGAGCUACGCCGAGAGCCUUCAGCAAGUCUCCAAGCUGGUGCUGAACAAUAAGUGUGUUUGCAUCAUGCAGAAGUGGGGUGGCAAGAGGGAGGUCAUGUACACGGCCUUCAAAGCACUGGGAAGGAGCGUAGACUAUGUGCAGGUCUGUGAUUCUGACACCAUGUUGGACCCAGCAUCAUCAGUCGAGAUGGUGAAGGUUCUGGAGGAAGACCCAAUGGUUGGAGGUGUUGGAGGAGAUGUACAGAUCCUGAAUAAAUACGAGUCUUGGAUCUCAUUCCUGAGCAGUGUGCGUUAUUGGAUGGCCUUCAACAUUGAGCGGGCAUGCCAGUCCUACUUUGGUUGCGUUCAAUGCAUCAGCGGGCCUUUGGGAAUGUAUCGGAACUCUCUCCUACAUGAGUUCCUUGAAGACUGGUACAAUCAGACUUUCAUGGGGUCCCACUGCAGUUUUGGGGACGACCGCCAUCUCACAAACAGAGUGUUAAGUCUUGGAUACGCAACCAAAUACACUGCACGAUCGAAGUGCCUCACUGAGACGCCGAUCACAUACCUGCGGUGGCUCAAUCAACAGACUCGAUGGAGUAAGUCAUAUUUUAGAGAAUGGCUUUACAACUCCAUGUGGUUCCACAAACAUCAUCUAUGGAUGACCUAUGAGGCUGUGAUCACGGGGUUCUUCCCGUUUUUCCUUAUUGCCACUGCCAUCCAACUCUUCUACCAAGGAAGGCUCUGGAAUAUUCUCUUGUUUCUACUCAUUGUGCAAGCAGUGGCACUGAUCAAGUCAUCAUUUGCCAGCUGCCUUAGAGGGAACAUUGUCAUGGUGUUUAUGUCAUUUUACUCUGUACUGUACAUGUCCAGCCUGUUGCCAGCCAAGAUGUUCGCAAUAGCAACAAUCAACAAGUCUGGAUGGGGGACCUCUGGGAGGAAAACAAUAGUGGUGAACUUCAUUGGUCUGAUUCCUAUAUCAGUCUGGUUCACCAUCCUCUUCAUUGGGAUCAUCUACACAGUAAUCCUGCAGACUAAAAAACCCUUUCCUGAAUCAGAGAAGAUUGUUCUGAUCAUAGGUGCAGUCGUCUAUGCCAGUUACUGGGUCAUACUGUUGACGUUGUACACAGUGCUCAUAAACAAGUGCGGGAAGAGGAAAAAGGAACCACAUUAUGAUAUGGUCCUGGAUGUAUGACCUACAGAUGAUGGUCUUCAACACCACUGAACUUUCUUUUUACAUUGUUGUAAUCCACACUAUGUUUUUGCUUUACCAAUGUAUAAGAUGCAGAGCAGCUCUGGAGGCAAAAUGGUUGAGUUCAACCAAAAUGGAGUUUCUGUUAUGCUUGAAUGAACGUAGAAAUGACAGUGGCUGCUUUUUUUUUGUUCUUUGCAUGACCAAAGCAUUCAUGAUCUUGGAUUGUCAGCAUGCUAACCAAUUAGCUUACCUAGAUUUCUUUAGCCGAAGAUCAGCUACUGUGAGCUAGCAUGCUUACUUUGGUAACUCAGAAUGGCAAAAUUAAAUGUAUUGCAGUUAGCAGCAAGAGUGCUAGGCUUUUGAAUAUUAGCUACCUCUUACCCAUGUCGUUUUCACUGGGCUUCAGUAUAACAUUUACAACUGAACCAAAGAAACUGUGGAUUUAUUUCACCAACCAUUUAGGUUUAACUUGACCAGUAAGAAAAUGUAUCCUCCAGAGCAUCGUUGGGUCACAAACAAUUGUUCCUACUAGGACGAAAUCUACAUAUCACCCCUACCAAAGGGAAGCCAAAAGCCUACCGGACACUGCGUCAAUGAAAACUGAAACUGCCACAUGACUGGACAUCAAAGAUAAUAAGUCCAAUUGGUGUUAAAAGAGGUCAAUACCAUCACUAUUUAUUUAUUGUUGGAUUAUCACUAUCUGCAAAUGAGAUCCAAAGGCGAAGUGGUAACGUUAGCUGCAUAUCACAAAAACACAGCAGGAAAAUGACUGCAUGCUACAAGUUCAAUUUUUCAUUCUGUUCUUUGGUAACUGUAAUGGCGUACCCUUCCAGUGUUUUCGAAUGUCUUUUGGGAAGAGCUACAAUAUCAGAGGGUGCACAAAGGGCUUUAAAAUAGAGAGCUGCUCUUUUUUGUCGCACUUAUGUCAUAUGGGAACUACACUUCCAUGCUCAUGCCACUGUAACUCUUACAUUUCAGUUUAGUUAGUUGAUGCAGGUCAUAUAAGUCUACACAAACAGUGACUUUGGGAACUACUGGCGUUGUUCAGACAAUGCAUUAUCAGGAAUUAACAAUGUGUUUUGGACAUUCAGUUACCAAGUGACUGCACUUAAGCAUAUAGGUCCACCUAUUAACAUAGCCAACACAUCAUUUCCAUGGCUCUCUUACCAUGGCUUAAUGUCCUUGCUUGUUGUGUACUGUGAGGUUGCUGGCAAUACAAACAACUGAAAGAUGAUUUUGGAUUCCUCUUUUUUACCCCAUUUUUGUUGCUGUUCUAAGUAAUAAAUGCUCCCAAAUGAAGAACAGCUUUUCCAGAUCCCAAAUAGCUCUUCAUUUGGAGUUAAAGAUCCGCUGCAAUAAAAAAAAGUCCAGAUCUCUAUAAGAGCCACAGUUCCCAUCACUCUGAGGCUGUAUGGACAUAAAUGAAGCCAUACUUUUUGUUAAUUAGUGGAAUAAUGCGGAUCAUAUCAGUUGGUGGGUUGGGCCAAACUGGAUUAAAAGACCCCUGCAGCAUGCAUUUUGAACUAUUGGAAAUAAAACUGUUUUCAGAACACAUUAAGAUAACGUCCACACAAAGCAAGGGUCACCACUUGGUAUCCAAAUGUCCAAAAUCCAAUACAAAUCCCUGCUGAUGCAUUGUGUAAACAGGGUAAAUGUUGACAGGUGUUUGAUGGUUCAAGAGCCAAAGAAAUACUCAGUUAUUCCUCUUAAAGUCUACAUUUUAAUGCAUUCACUCCCACGAGCGUGGCUAGGUACUCCCAUAUGACAUAAAGGCAGAACUAUCUGACGUUUACAAAGUGAAGAAUCUCAAACUGAUCACUGAUUGGUUGGUGUUUUCUCAACAGAUCUGGUGACCAGGUGAACAUAUGACCAGAAGAGAGAUAAUGUAUCAUUGCUGCUGUGACUAUUUUAUGUUUUACAUAUGACAAUGCCUUUUAAAAAGAAUAUGAAUAAUAGUUGUAUGUUGAAAAAUAGUUUUAACACUAUUAAUGUGUAUUUUUUUAAAAAGAUGAAUGAUAACCACCACGUAAACAUAUUGGAUAUGUUCCAGUCCAAAGACUUUGUGGUUUUCGCCUUCCAUGUGCCCUUGCUCUCUUCCUUUCUUUAUGUUUUAAAUGAAGGAAAUGGAUGCACCUCUGUUUCCCUGAAUUGUAUCAAAAUAUGAGAUGAUAAUUAAUAAUGCAUCAAAUGAAGAAAAGUACUACCUGCUACCAGGAAUGUGAAUAAGGGCACUUGACUGAAGGGAACAGUGUUUUGGAAUGAAACACGUCCAGUGUUUGCUAAAGACGACCAGGAGCAGACAUGAGUUUUACUUCUAUGCACUUUUAUGUCGCUCCAGUCGUCUCGUGUGAUGCUUGACGUAAUCAAGAUGAAAUACCUCAGUGGUUCUCUUUGCAUUGCAUCAAGGUAUCGGGAUGCCAUCCACAGACUGAUGCAUUCUGAAAGUAAUUUAUGGUCUGUUUGUGAUAUUAAAUAUUAAAGUGUCCUUUUUUUAUAAGCAGUUCCUUAUUAAGUCAAAGCUGGAUAUCUCUGCCUUGUCGGCCCUUUGCUGUAGCCGUUUACUUAAUGUUUCCUUGUAUUUCAAUGCAUUUUAUAUAUAGACAUUUUAUUCUAUUUUUGCUUAGCUACCAAAGAUUCUUUAUUUUCGCUCAUGUUUUUAUAAGGAAAAUGGGAAAAAUGUAUUUGUUGUGCUUUCAACUGUUCUGACAAUGACUUGUAUAUCUGACCAAACAAUGUGAAAUUAUGAGCUGGGGGUUUUGUCUGCAAUAACAACAAAAAAAUGCAAUUUGUAGGGAUAAGUUAUUGAUUUUAAGAGAGGUGAUGAACCUGUGUUUUUGUACCUUAUACGUAGAUAAAGAACCAGCAUAUUUAUGUCCUUUGUAUUUAGUAGAUUGUCCUCUAAUAAACAUGUAAACUCCCUACACAGUAGAGACAGGACAUUUAGGACUUAUUUUUAAUAUGUGCACCAUUUCAAUAUGAUUGCUAGGCAUCAACUUUCUUUCAUAGUUUGUGCAUCCAGUGUUCAUAAGGCUCCAAAGCCAGAGCAGACUAAUCGUCCAAGACUUUUGCACAAAAUGUGUUGUAAAGUUGUGAGGUGCCUUAAUGAGCAACGACAAAAUAAAAACAGAGUUUACUUUUAUACAAUUAUAAUGAGAGGUUUUAUUCUGGGGUUUUGUGAAUGAGACCAACAAUUUAAGUUGUUUUUGUGCCAAACUUGU